AUGUCGUCGCGCCAGGUCGACGUCUUCGAGUACUCCAUUCGCCCCACGGUCGACGACAUUUUGAAUGGAUACAAUGGCACCGUGUUUGCCUACGGGCAGACGGGUGCGGGAAAGUCCUAUACCAUGAUGGGUAGCGACAUCGACGACGAGGUGGGCAAGGGUGUCAUUCCACGUAUCAUUCAACAGAUCUUUGCGAGCAUUCUGGCCUCACCGAGUAAUAUCGAAUACACGGUGCGGGUCAGCUACAUGGAGAUCUACAUGGAGCGCAUUCGCGAUCUACUACAGCCUCAAAACGACAAUCUGCCUGUCCACGAAGACAAGGCCAGGGGUGUAUACGUCAAAGGCUUGCUGGAAGUGUACGUCUCGACGGAGGAGGAGGUCUACGAAGUGCUGCGAAGAGGUGGAUCAGCAAGAGCAGUAUCUGCCACCAACAUGAACGCGGAAUCGUCACGAUCUCAUUCCAUCUUCCUCGUCACCAUCACGCAGAAGAACGUCGAGACGGGAUCACAAAAGAGCGGGCAGCUUUUCUUGGUCGAUUUGGCUGGUUCUGAGAAGAUUGGAAAAACGGGCGCAAGUGGACAGACGCUUGAAGAAGCCAAAAAGAUCAACAAGAGCUUGAGUGCGCUGGGAAUGGUCAUCAACUCGUUGACGGACAACAAGACUUCGCAUAUCCCAUACCGAGAUUCAAAACUCACACGUAUUCUGCAGGAAUCGCUGGGUGGUAACUCCCGCACAACGCUGAUCAUCAACUGCUCGCCAAGUAGUUACAACGACGUUGAGACACUGGGAACACUCCGCUUUGGUAUGCGAGCAAAGACAAUCAAGAACAAGGCCAAGGUCAACGCAGAGCUCAGUCCGGCCGAACUCAAGGCUAUGCUCAAGAAGGCGCAAAGCCAGGUUACCACAUUCGAGAACUAUAUCUCUGCCGUCGAAACCGAGGUCUCUCUAUGGCGUGCAGGAGAGUCAGUUCCCAAGGAGAAAUGGACUGCACCUCUAGAGACAUCAUCUGGUACUGGAAAGAGGCCGCCUUCAGCACCGCGAACAGGAACACCAUCAAGACUAGAAUCCACAAGAAGCUCUGAGACACCAUCUCGGCCAGAUUCGCGAAUGGACAUGGACCGUGCAGGCACACCCAGCAUUCCUCUGGAGAAGGAUGAAAAGGAUGAAUUCUUGAGGCGAGAAAAUGAGCUCCAAGAUCAAGUCGCGGAGAAGGAGACGUUGCUUGCCAAGGUCGAAGAUCAACUCCGGACCGUCAAGGAUGAGCUCCAGUACUACAAGGAACGAGACUCCAAGACGAACAAGGAAAAUGAGCGAAUCACACUGGAGCUCAAUGAGAUGCGUAUGCAGGUCGAAAAGAUCCAGUUUGAGAGCAAGGAGGCGCAAAUCACCAUGGAUGGACUCAAAGAGGCCAAUGCAGAGCUUACUGCCGAACUUGACGACGUCAAACAACAACUGUUGGAUGCGAAGAUGAAUGCCAAAGAGACUAGCGCAGCCAUUGACGAGAAGAAGAGGAAGAAGGCUGAAGCGAUGGCGCAGAUGAUGGCUGGGUUCGAUCUGGGCGGCGAGGUCUUCAGCGACAACGAGCGCACCCUGCGCAAGAUUAUCGAGCAAAUCGACCAACUGCACGAGAUGAGCGCGUCAGGUGAGGCCAUCGCUCCAGAUGCGAUUCUGGAGCUGCGCGAGAAGCUUGUGGAGACCCAAGGCAUCGUACGCCAGGCCGAGCUGUCUCUCACAAGUCGGAGCGAAGAAGACACUGUACACAAUAAGCGACGAGAGGCUCUUGAAGCACGUUGCGCCAACCUGCAAACGCAGUAUGAAGAGCUUCUGGAACGCAAUCUGUCGGAAGAGGACCGUGAAGAGAUCAAGUCGCGACUUGCAGACGCAUACUCUGCGAGACAAGAAGGCAACCUCGAGCUCACGGAAAGUCUCAAGCAAGACCUCGCGAAGAAGGCAGAGGAAAACCAGUUGUUGAAGACGGAGAUUGAGAGCCUCCAACAGCGCAUCAAGAGCGGUGCGAUUGUGAAUGGCGUUGCCAACGGUAUCGGUGGCAAGACGGUACAACAACAAAUCGCUGAAUUUGACACGAUGAAGAAGAGCCUGAUGCGUGAUCUUCAGAACCGAUGCGAACGCGUAAGUUACCCCUCGUCUCCCUAUGAACCUCUGCCACGUAGCACAGCAACACCAACUAACAAAAUCCUUGUUUCCUCCACAGGUUGUCGAGCUCGAAAUCUCUCUUGA